CGGGACGACCUCGGGCGGCGGCGGAGCAGGGCUCUAGAGAGCCCCCGGAGCUGGCAGGUCUGCGCGUGGACCACGACGAACUGGCGUUCGCGGGAGUCGGGCGCAGCUGACCACCAGCAGCACCCCGCAGCUGGCCGCGAUGGUGACCGGCGUGAGCCUCCUGCUGCGCUCCCUGCCACUGCUGCUGUGGAGCUGCCGGGAUGCACAGUCCGCCCGGCUAGGACGCCCGGAGCUGCGCCAGGAGGCGGAGGCAUUCCUGGAGAAGUAUGGAUACUUCAGUGAGCAGAGUUCGAAAGCUCCAGCCUCCACACAGUUCAGCAAUGCCAUCAGAGAGUUCCAGUGGGUGUCCCAGCUGCCCAUCAGUGGUGUGUUGGACCAGGCCACACUGCAUCAGAUGACACUUCCACGCUGUGGGGUUGCGGACGCUGACAGCCAUGCAGCUUGGGCAGAGAGGAUCAGUGCCCGGUUUGCUGGACCCUGGGCCAAAAUGAGACGUAAGAAACGCUUUGCAAAGCCAGGUAACAAAUGGUCCAAGCAGCAUCUCUCCUACCGCCUGGUGAACUGGCCUGAACGCCUGCCCGAACCAGCUGUUCGAGGGGCCGUGCGAGCUGCCUUCCAGCUGUGGAGCAAUGUGUCAGCGCUGGAGUUCUGGGAGGCCCCAGCCACAGGCCCUGCUGACAUCCGCCUCACCUUCUUCCAAGGGGACCACAAUGAUGGGCUAGCCAACGCCUUCGAUGGCCCAGGGGGCGCCCUGGCGCACGCCUUCCUGCCCCGCCGGGGCGAAGCGCAUUUCGACAGAGAUGAGCGUUGGUCCCUGAGCCGCCGCCGCGGGCGCAACCUGUUCGUGGUGCUGGCGCACGAAAUCGGCCACACGCUCGGUCUCGCGCACUCGCCCGCGCCGCGCGCGCUCAUGGCGCCCUACUACAAGAAGCUGGGCCGCGACGCCCUGCUCAGCUGGGACGACGUGCUAGCGGUGCAGAGCCUGUAUGGGAAGCCUCUGGGACGCUCAGUGGCCACCCAGCUCCCCGGAAAACUAUUCACUGACUUUGAGGCUUGGGACCCUCGCAACUCCCGGAGGAUACGCCCCGAAACCAGAGGUCCUAAAUACUGCCACUCUUCCUUUGAUGCCAUCACUGUAGAUGGACAGUGGCGACUGUACGUCUUCAAAGGAAGCCACUUCUGGGAAGUCACAGCUGAUGGCAAUGUUUCAGAGCCCCGUCCCCUGCAGAAAAGGUGGCCUGGGCUGCCUCCCAAUGUGGAGGCUGCUGCAGUGUCGCUGGAAGAUGGAGACUUCUACUUCUUCAAAGGGAGUCGAUGUUGGAGGUUCCAGGGCAUGAAGUCUGUGUGGGGUAACUCACAACUGUGCCGGGCUGGAGGUCUGCCCAGACACCCGGACGCAGCUCUCUUCUUCCCGCCUCUACGCCGCCUUGUCCUCUUCAAGGGCGCCCGCUACUAUGUGCUGGCUCGAGGCGGGAAGCAAGUGGAGCCCUACUAUCCUCGCAGCCUGAGGGACUGGGCCGGGGUCCCUGAGGAGGUCAGUGGCGCCCUACCAAGGCCGGAUGGCUCGGUCAUCUUCUUCAGAGAUGACCACUACUGGCACCUGGAUCAAGCCAAACUGCGGGUGACCAGCUCCGGCCGCUGGGCCACAGAGCUGCCUUGGAUGGGCUGUUGGAAUGCCAACUCAGGAGGUGCCCUGUUCUGAAGGCGCCCCAUACUGAAUGAACAGUGGUUGCCCCCGCCUGAGGGGCGGGACCUGUCUAGGAAGCCUUGAACCUCGCAGGAACUUCCCACUAGCACUGGGUUCAGCAGGAAAUCUGCAUUUAUCUCCCCC